GCGGAAAUGACAUGCUGAAAACGGACAUGGCGACGCACAAGAAACGGCUUAUUCGAUAGCAAACAUCAUCUAUGUUACGUUUUUUUUUUAGAAGCAGCAACAUUAACCCAACGAGAAGGAGCAGCAAGUGUGUAACAAAGCAAUGGAAGAGGAGGAGACGAGACAUUAUAGAGAACCGUGCCCACAGUGUUCCGAUAUUAAUUGGGGUAUAACCGACGAAAGCAAAUUCUAUUGCAAAUCAUGUCACACGGUAAUAGAGAAAACUACAGAAGUGGAUGAAUGCGACACCUUCAGUGUGAAUGCGAAAGUCCAGUCUUUUAACAGAGGUCUAAGAAAGAGAAAGAAAAGCGUAAAAGGAUGGGAAUGGUUUAUCUGCGAAGGCUUCCAGUUCAUUCUACUGAAACAAGCCGAGGCUCUUCUGGACCUGGGAGUUGAUGCUCGGCUCAAGGAUGAUGUCAUGUGCAAUCUCUGGAGGAGGUAUCUCAUUAAAAGCAAUCAGGCUUAUACCAAAAGACCCCGUUCGGGUCAGUCGGGAUCUGAGAGUCAGGCUUCUGCGUCGGAGACGGACACCGAGUUAGAUGCGUUCAGCUUCAGAACGUCUUCGUUUUCGGAGAGCGACGGAGGUUGUGUUUCUGAUACUAACCUCCCAUCAUCCUCAGGGGAAGGAAAGCUGUCUGGAUCUGAGAGUGCUGUAUCUGUGCAAUCGGGAUCUAUUGAUGGUGGAUCGUACCUGCUGCCGAGAUCAAGAUCUGAAUUGAAAAUGUCCAUGCCGAUGACCCUGGCGUUCUGCUACCUCUCGUUACUAUGGCUGAGAGAGUCCAUCACGCUGUCUGAUUUGUUGCGGUUUGUUUUCAGUGGGCACGUACCGUACGUAAAAGCAGAGCAGUAUUUACCGGAAGAAAAUAAGAUGUACGGACCAGAUAUUCAUAUAUUUUACGUGAAGGCUAUUCCAGAAUAUCGAGACAUAAUGGAUAAGUGUUUACAACUUGGAGCCUUUCUGGAUUUGCCAUGUUUUCCACCAAUAACUGAAAAUUGCUUUCUUCACCCUAAUGUGCUUUGUAUGAAGUAUCUGAUGGAAGCCAACCUGCCAGAUGAGCUUCAUAAAUGGACCAAUCGGGUGGUAAAGAAGACAGGCCUUGAUGACAUCACUGUGUUAACAUUUGACCCUGUACAUAAAAAGCGCAACAUCCCAUAUGACGUUACAGCUGCCGCCCUGAUAAUAGUGGUGCUGAAGCUGCUCUUUGUCCUUGAUGAUCGCACAGAAUGGUUAUCCUCAACACUCGCUGAUGAAAGAAACUUCAAUAAUGAAGACAAACCGUUAUUUGAUAUCAAGAAGUGGUAUGAAGUAAUGAAGCUAAAAAUGGACGAGGGUCAGCGCGCGCUGGAGGAAGAACGUGCCAGGUUUUCGUGGAAAAGCAACAAAGUUCUUUAUUACACCGAGAGUGUUAAAGCGCUCUACUCGAAAAAGAAACAGAUGGCAGCGGACCUCCAGCGACAGUUUAGCAAACUGGCUGAAGCAGCAUCCAGCGCUGGGAAGCAGAACCCAUCGAGUUUCGUGUUUAAUUGGGACGAGGAAAACACAGGCAUGACUUGUUUUCACGGACACAGCCUGGAGGGAAUUACUCAACAAGGAGAGAAAAGGCUGAACAAAGGGUACUGGCUGAGCUGCAUCAAAAAAUGCACAUCCUGGACCUGUGAACACUGGAGACUAUACGACAAGUCGAAAUUCUCGAGAAGUUAUCACUUUGUGCUGUCGCUUUUCGCUUUUCUUUUGAGACUGCCGUUAUGUACUAUCCAUUACGAGGUGUGCUCGAUAGAAGAAAAACUUUUCAAAAGGUUUUUAAAAAAACCCGCCAAACCCAAGCCAAAACAAAGAAAAAAAUGAAUGUGAUACGAACCCUUCUGUUAGAAGAAUAACCAAAUAAAUUCUCCUGCCUUCCGUUUGUGGUACAGAUCUACAAACUGAUACCAUUCAUAUUUGGUCUGUCGAGCAUGUUUCUCGCAGGCACGUGUGUGUGUGUGUGUGUGUGUGUGUGUGUGUAUUAUGCACGGAUGUGGAAUAAAUGGGACAGAAGCCUCUCCUUUUUU